AUGUUAUACCUGAGGAGCUCGGGCCUCCUCCUCCUGCUGUUGACUGUGCAGUUUGGUAAGAACAUGAAGACAGAUUUCUCUCACACUUUGAACAGUUUUUAUUUCCUUUGCAAAUUACUGAUUUGAGAAUGACACUGCUGAUGCUGGUGUGGCUUAACUUGUCAAAAAUAACAGUACAUGGCAGGGUUAUUGAAAGUGUUGGCUCAUCAUAUCUAAUUCAUAAUAAUAAUACAUUUUAUUUAUAAGCACCUUUAUGAACACUCAAGGUCACUUUACGAAAUAAAAACAGCAUAAAAGAACAGGAUGAAAAAUACAGUAAAAAAAUGGGACUAAGUAAAUGACAAGGAGUGGGCUGAUAUGAACAGGUGGGUUUCAAGUUUGGAUUUGAAAAUAGGGAGAGAGUCAAUUGAAGAGCUUAUGCCACAACUUUGCGCUUAGUAACUGAAAAAAAAAGAAACCUGUUUUUUUCGUGUGUGUGUAUCAAAAUAUAUAGCAUGCAUUGAGUAUACUAUAUAUAUGUAUUUAUGUAUUUUAAUUCAUGAAUAAAUUUCCAGAAGAAAUAGACUCAGUGUAAUCUCAACCUGGAGGUAUAAAGGCCAACUUUGAAGGUGAUAUUUAUAAUAUUCAAAAGAAUGUUGAUCUAUAUCUUUUAAAAGAUCACUGGGCAGUUUUACAUAGAAGAAAGUUGAAACACAAUGGGUCCUUGCAACCUACAUAACAUCAGAAUGAAAUAAGACAGUUUACUGAAUUUGCCCUAUUUCCAUAUAUUUGACCAAGCUUUGUUUCCUUUCCUCACAAACAACAAAUCUCUGUAAUAUAUUCUAUACUGUAGUCCAAAAGGACUCAAGUUUAAAUUUAGAUUGCUUUCAUUCUGUGCAAAAAUGUAUGUGAGAUGUUUGAGGAAAAAAAGGUAGAAAACUACAAUGAACAUUUUGGCUGUGCUGUCAGAAUUCAUAAUCAUGGGUGAUUCUGGAUUCAGAGUCUCUUUCAGGAGAAACCCUGAAAACAUUCAGUUGAAUACAGUACAGUUGUACUGUUGAACAAAAGAUGUCCUCACAGUAAAUCAGGAUUUAACCUGAUUACUUCUAUCUGGCCUUUGAGCCUGUUGGCAUCGGUCAAGUCAUAAAUGUAUGACCAUAAUAGAUCCUGAUAAGAGAGUUUGGGGUUGAAUUAUCUCAUAGAUGUUACAUAGCCUGCAGACAUUAGCAAAGUUGGACAGUAAAAUUACUAGAUUUUUUUAAUCAUUGAUUGGUGUUUAUCAAACAGAAAAAUGAUUAUUCUUUCUGCUGCUGUCUUGGAUUUACUCUCCACUUCAGGCCUGCUUAUUGAAGAGAUAAGAGAUAUCCCUUCAUCCACAGAGAAGGCCAAAUUCAAUGCAUGCGGAAAGUUUCCCACAAGAGCUUUAAAUGUCGUCUCACACAGUGGAACAACUUUGAUUUCUCUCUUGUUAUUUCAGUCACUGGUUCUUGGUCUGGGCGAUGUGAAACUCCAGAGGGGAAAUGUGACUUUGUGUGUGAUUGUUCUGACUGCAGUGAUGAGCAGGACUGUGGUGAGUCGAAAAAUGCUUUCGUCUUUGAGUACCAAAAAAGUUUAAAAGUGCCAACACACAAUCUGAAUAAGACUUUUAUUUGCAUUUAAACUCUUUCAGAACUGGCCUUUAAGCUAAUAGUACACCAUUAAAUUUUGUCCCUCUUGCACCUUUUAAGGUUACAGAGGCAAGACAUUUGAGUGUGACUUUGAGGAUGCAGGGAUGUGUGGAUGGACUGACCAGUCCAUUAAUCAAGCGUACAGCUGGGAGCAUCGGCAGAGAGGUAUCACUCUGCCUGACAGUGGACCGUCAUCUGACUACACCACUGGGACUGCUUCAGGUACAGCUCAGCACAGAAACGUAGGGUUAGCAAAACAAUCCAACAACCUAAUAAUAGAAAAUGUGUUGGAUAUCAUUUAACAAUUUAAUGUGAAUGAUAACAAAUUAGCUGGCUGCAAAUGUUUCAAAUGUUUACCUUCUAUAACAUGACUUUCAGUGGAAAUGUUACAUUACUUUGUAAACAUACUCAUGUUGUAGCAUGACUGUUCAUUGAAAUGUUAAUCUUGAUCUGUAUAGCCAAGGUAGUACAACCAAUUGUGGGGACUGUUUUUUUUUAUUUAGGGUUGAAAUCAAUAAAAAGUCUUUAAAUCAACAUUUAGUGUCCCAAAACUUCUGCUCUGUCUCAGUCUUUUCCCUCCUUAGGGAACUACUGCCUGACUAUAGCUGUGUCCCAGUUUUCGAAAGACCUGGCCUUCGAAGGAUUUGUCUGCCUAGACUGUAUAGAGGAUUCAUUUCCUCAUACAAAAAUGAUUUAUGUAGCCCUAACUGAUUUCUCAAUUAAUUAUUGUGUUUCUUCUACAUUUCAAAAUAGGUUUUAAAAGUUAUUUGAGAUAACUGUUACAUGCUCAAAGUUGUCAAUUUGUUCACAGAUUCAGAAACUUGAAAUGAGGCGUCUCUGUCUGGUUUUCAGUCUAAAGAAAACAACAGUAUUAACACUAUUAAUAUGUGUAUCAUUUGUCCUGAUACAGGUUGGUUUAUGGGGGUGACUGCGGUGAAGUCUGAUUCCCUCAGUACAGCAGUUUUAAUCUCUCCAGAAAUGAAACAGUCAUCACCAACCUGUCGCCUCCUCCUCAGAUAUUUCCUAUGGGACUCAGGUAACAGUUAAAAAACACUGCACAUUACUACUCAGUACUUGUAUAACUUUGAUAAAUGAGUAUACUUCUUGUUUAUAUCUGUUUUUGUACAUCACUGUUUCUUUUCUGUUCUGUUUGUUCCUUAUGCCGCCGUUACAUUUUGUUGAUUGUGUCCUUUUUUGUAUUGUAAACAACAGUCAUGAUGAGAACUUUUUAUUCUUGGUACACACUACAAGACUUAAUUUUCCUCCUGCUGCCUCACUAACAAAGUAUUUAUAAUGUAACUUAAAGGCCACACAGAUCUGGGCUCCACACCCCUGUGGGCAUCUAUCCUUCGCCAGGACGCCACGGAAGCUAUCGUGUGGCGUCCUGAGGCCUCCAGCACCCGUGGCUGGAGGGAGGCAACCAUUUUCCUGGGUCGAAUCCCUACGAGUUUCCAAAUCCGCCUGAACUCAAAGCGUGCUGAGGGAGGAAGAGGAGAUGUGGCGAUAGACCAGCUGCAGUUUCUGGAUUGUGCUCUUCCCUGUAAGUAGUUAGCCUGCCUUUCCUUGGAGUCUUUAAGAUUAGAGCAGAAUCUUGUAUAAAGUUCACAUCCAUGAUAAGUAUUUUGAUAUGGUUUUUUGUUGUUGUUGUUUUGUUUUUUGCAUAAAAAGUACCACACAAAGGAGAAGGCUGUUCACCUGGGAUGUUUGAGUGCAUGAAUGAGGGCUGUGUGGAGCAGAGGCAGGUCUGUGAUGGAAGUGAUGACUGUGGUGACGGAUCUGAUGAGGUGAAAUGUGGUGAGGAACUUUUGGAAUCGCUGCCAAAAUCAUCUCUCUGACACCUCAGUACAACAGAUGAGUCAGAAUUUAGUUGGGUUGAUGUUGCAAAAAUAAGAUGACCCGCUCCUUAAAUCCUUAAAUUGGAAUGUAGAGAUCACAUCAUAUCACGUCAUAUCAUAAAUCAUUGCAUUGUCAUAUCAUAUUGUAGUAUUUCCUGCUGUAUUAGGUUGUGUUGUAUCAUAUUUAAUUGUAUUGUUUUAUUGUAUUGUUUCAUUAUAUGUCAUAUCCUAUUGUAAGGUAUCACAUCGUAUCGUAUUAUCAGCUUUUCUAAAUCCUCCACAGAAUCACUGAGCCCAUAUGUGAUGCAAACAUGUUUCGAUAUUUCUGAAAUUAGUGAAAUCAUAGGUUAACAUUCCACCAUGUGAACACAGUAAAUUCAUCCAGAGGUCAGCAGCUCAUGCCUGUGUUUCCACUCGGUCUCCAGAAAGGUACAGACGCUGUGACUUUGAGGAUAGUCUGUGUGUUUGGCAUUUGGCAUCACUGUCUCCUCUGAAAUGGAAAAGGAUGAAUCAGGAGAACAUCUCCAUGACGGAUCCUCUGAAAGGACCGGGCAGGGAUCACUCCACCAACAGUGCAAAAGGUACAUUUUAUUUGCUCCCUGUUAACGGUGGGGUAGGCAGGAUCUGAGGAAGUGCCAGUUUUUGGGAGAACACGAUGUUUGCAGGAUUUCUACAACUAGCACAAAGUGACAUACUCCAGGACGCAAGGUAAACAGUUUAGCGGCGCUACAACACGUAGUUCCUAUUUGACAAGAAACGAUUAGGUAAGGGGACUAAUCAGGUAAGGGGAGGUGGAGAACGGCUUUGUUUACAGUCAGAAAGAGCGGCUGCUCAAAAAUUUGAAAAUGUUGACUACACAGACAUAACAAAACACAGCAAUAUCAUUAAAUUACCAAAUGUAAUCAAUAACUAAUAGCUGUUGACUGAUAUUAGGAGCUUUUUUGUAUAUACACCACAAAAAAAGAUGCUUCUUUAACGGAAUCCUGUCUACCCCACCUUUAACUUAUUUUAAAGUUACUUGUAAAAGUAACUUUUAAACACAUCUUACAUGACAGUAAACUGUGUUUGAAAACUAAAUACAGAUCAUUAUAAAUGCAUCAUUUUAGGUCACUUCCUGUAUGUCACUGUCCCUGAUGGUGGUCUCACAACUGACUGGGCUGCUUUCCAAAGCCGCCCCCUACAUCCCACAAAUAGUUCACAUCCAUGCAGGGUGAGUCACAUAUGAUUUAUUUUCCAAUCAGAUGACUUUUUUUUCUGCCCUUCGCAGCACAGACCCUCAUCUAUAAAUUGUAUAAAAUCAUACACUCACCGGCCACUUUAUUAGGUACACCAUGCUAGUAACGGGUUGGACCCCCUUUUGCCUUCAGAACUGCCUCAAUUCUUCGUGGCAUAGAUUCAACAAGGUGCUGGAAGCAUUCCUCAGAGAGUUUGGUCCAUAUUGACAUGAUGGCAUCACACAGUUGCCGCAGAUUUGUCGGCUGCACAUCCAUGAUGCGAAUCUCCCGUUCCACCACAUCCCAAAGAUGCUCUAUUGGAUUGAGAUCUGGUGACUGUGGAGGCCAUUUGAGUACAGUGAACUCAUUGUCAUGUUCAAGAAACCAGUCUGAGAUGAUUCCAGCUUUAUGACAUGGCGCAUUAUCCUGCUGAAAGUAGCCAUCAGAAGUUGGGUACAUUGUGGUCAUAAAGGGAUGGACAUGGUCAGCAACAAUACUCAGGUAGGCUGUGGCGUUGCAACGAUGCUCAAUUGGUACCAAGGGGCCCAAAGAGUGCCAAGAAAAUAUUCCCCACACCAUGACACCACCACCACCAGCCUGAACCGUUGAUACAAGGCAGGAUGGAUCCAUGCUUUCAUGUUGUUGACGCCAAAUUCUGACCCUACCAUCCGAAUGUCGCAGCAGAAAUCGAGACUCAUCAGACCAGGCAAUGUUUUCCCAAUCUUCUAUUGUCCAAUUUCGAUGAGCUUGUGCAAAUUGUAGCCUCAGUUUCCUGUUCUUAGCUGGAAGGAGUGGCACCCGGCAUGGUCUUCUGCUGCUGUAGCCCAUCUGCCUCAAAGUUCGACGUACUGUGCGUUCAGAGAUGCUCUUCUGCCUACCUUGGUUGUAACGGGUGGUUAUUUGAGUCACUGUUGCCUUUCUAUCAGCUCGAACCAGUCUGGCCAUUCUCCUCUGACCUCUGGCAUCAACAAGGCAUUUCCGCCCACAGAACUGCCGCUCACUGGAUAUUUUUUCUUUUUCUGACCAUUCUCUGUAAACCCUAGAGAUGGUUGUGCGUGAAAAUCCCAGUAGAUCAGCAGUUUCUGAAAUACUCAGACCAGCCCUUCUGGCACCAACAACCAUGCCACGUUCAAAGUCACUCAAAUCACCUUUCUUCCCCAUACUGAUGCUCGGUUUGAACUGCAGGAGAUUGUCUUGACCAUGUCUACAUGCCUAAAUGCACUAAGUUGCCGCCAUGUGAUUGGCUGAUUAGAAAUUAAGUGUUAACGAGCAGUUGGACAGGUAUACCUAAUAAAGUGGCCGGUGAGUGUAUAGCAUCUCUAAACUUUACUUAAAUGGACACACUCCCUGUAUCCCUCUGCUGUAGAUGGUGAUGUACACUCACCAGUUUGGGCCGAGGUCUGGUGGUCUGACGGUGCUGGUGGCAGAUAAAAAAAUUUACCCUGCAUGGGAGAGGGGCGGAGCUCUGGGUGAUGUUUGGGUGAAGGGGGAGGUGGAGAUAGUUUCAAACUACACUUUCGAGGUGAGUACUUCAUCUGAGUUUGUUGCCUUGUGAAAUACUUAAAUUGCAGUUAUUUAUAACAAAAUUAUUGAGAAAGUGUUAAGGAACAUAAACAGGCUGAAAUACCUUACUAGUGAUUUAAUCUGUAUUUAACUGUAGAUAACACAUGUCGACAAAUACAGUUACAAAAUACGUGUCAACAUUUACCUUGACUAUUUGUUAAAGAGGACCUAACAUCUGCAGUUUGGAUAAAAAUUCAACUAACAAAACAAACACAAACACAUUCACCCUAUCACAUUUUCACUUUUCCAUUCCUACUAUAAAAUACACACAAAAAAGAAAAAAGGCUGAAGUCUGAGGAUUAUUUCUGCCUGUCCUGAACAUCAGCAGCACAUUAACAAAUAACAGAGACAAAGAUAACAAAAGCAGAUUUUGGUAGAGUGACAAAAUGUGAAAAAGUUCAAGGUGUAUAAAUACUUUUUCAAGGCACUGUAUAUUCUUUUAAUUUGAGUCAUUUUAUGUCAUAUGAUAUCAUUCUAUAGUCUAACAAUCUGUAUAGGUGAUUCUGUUGCAAUAAUACGCUCACAUUCCUUCAAGUGGGCACUAAAGGUAGUAAAAAAAGCUUUUUCUCUCAGAAAGUUGUUCAACACCCUGGGAAUUAACUGAUCUAUUUAUUUGUUUUUUUGUUAUCAUAAUCAUGUCCUUUUGCAGCCUUUUUAAUUUACAAAUACUCUGCCUGUAUAGAUCCUAAUCAUGGCAGCAAUCAGGGACUUCUCAUAUGGAGGCAUCGCUAUCGACAGCAUUGUGUUGUCUCCUGAAUGCCGUGUAUCUGGUAAUGUGUUUUGACACCCUUUUUCAUUCUCAUAUUUUUUAAAGAUUUCACAUCUGCAAAUAAAUAAUCCAGAUGGUGUGAUCAUUGAUUUUCUGUCUCUUAUUUUCUUCUUGAAAAGAAAACAAAACCUGGGUCAAUGAAUUCCCAAAACCCCCCCAAAACCCGUGUGCUGAACCGGACAUGAUGUGUGAUUUUAAUCCUGACUGUGAGGGAGCCCUGGAUGAAUCCAAAUGUGGUGAGCUACAUUAAGAUGAUGUUUUGUAUGUUUCUUACCUUGAUUGGGAAAUUAUUUCCCCUUAUUUACGUAGAAGAUCAGAGAGGGUAGCAUAGCAGCAUCACAUUGAGGAAGGGUCUAAGCCUAAUGAUUGAGCCCGAACUAACAUUCUGACUUGAAGGGCCAACAUGACCAAACUGUGAUCAAAACUAAAAGGCAAUUUCAUUUAAAGAGUGAGACUAGAUCCAAAACAACUGCAAACACCAACACUGUUUUCGUUGGACCAUGUCUUUAGGGGAUUUCACUUAUCCUGAAGGCAGCUCUGGCUGGACUGACUCAAGCAUUGGGAGUCAGGGUUGGGUGCUGCAUAAAAACUGGACAUCCAAAGGUACAAAUACUCCCUGUCACCACAACACUGAGUUACUGAGAAUCAAUCACAAACUAAUAACACAUGUUGUGUCUCAAACCCAUCCAAGUGGACCACCUGUAUGUCGCCGAGGCUCCGGGCCAGCAGCAGACUGAGGCCCAGACACGGACCCCCCUCUUGGGCCCCUCCGGCCCUGCCUGCACUUUGAGCUUUGAGUUUUCUCUAACAGGAACUCCAGAUCACAUUGGUAACUGAAUUUAUACCCAGAUUCUUAUUUCACCCUUUCAGUUUGGCUCGGGUCUUUAUCUGACUCUGUUAUCUCUCUGCUGCAGGUGAGCUGUCCGUCAGGGUGAUUGACAGCUUAUUGGGUGUUCAGCCUAAGCUGUGGGAGUUCAGUGGGAAGACAGGAGCAGGAGAGGAGGCGUGGAAGCAUGUUGAAGUGGCUGUUGGACUCAGAAAACAUCGCUUUCAGGUCAGCUUCGUCUUCUAGGGUAAACAGAGAUUGGUGUUGUUAUGAUUACAACAUAUCAAGAGUAGAGAAUGAAGUCACAGAUACAAGCAACAUCAUUCAGACUUUUAAACCACUGCAGGCUGUCUAUAAAAAGCUUUCUUUAAGUUUGUAAAAUUCAUUUUCAUUUUGGUUUUAUGUGGACUAGCUGGCGCUUGAAGCUCGGGCUGAAAAACUCUCUCUGAUCAAAGUGAAAAACAUCCUCUUUGUCAGCUGUCAUGCAGACUAUAUUCCAUCUUCUCCAACAGGUAGUUAUAAACUGUUAAGAUUACACACGCACAUUAUUAGCAAAAAACUAGUUUGAUGAAAAACAUCUUUUUUCUUUCAUGAUUUUGUCCAGCGCUUUCAUGUAACUUUGAGGAUGGACUGUGCGGCUGGUUUCAGGACAACGGUGACAACUUUGACUGGACGCUGCUCAGGCAGUCGGACCACACCAUCGGGACAGGUAUGCUUGUAAAGUAACAAUCAGACAACCUGGUAACUUUUAUUCCCUUUAAAAAUUAACUUGAAACUUGUUGACCCCAGUCUUGCAACCUCCAGCUCUUUUAUAAGACCUUCUAUCCAGUUAUUCAGAUAAGCAGAGAGUAAUAUCUGAGCCAAGACUUUACUAAGCAUUUGAUGGUCUCAAUUUAAAGUGGGACCACUAAUGUGAACAUUAGCUGAUAAGACCAGACAAUCUGGAACUGCGUAAAUGAUCUCUGUUAAGAUUAAUGUGCAGCAACUGCUUAAAUUAAGCAAAUUUUAAAAAACAGGUACAAGGAUCAGAAACACACAACACAGCAAAAACCUGCUGCAAAUGGAAAAGAAAGAGACUCACAGCCAAAAAUGCAUUUACAGCCAAGUUGCCAACAUGCUGGAAAUACUUAGAGAUGCAAAGUCAAAAACACCAAAACUUUGCUGUAGUGGUAUCCAAUGUUAUGUAGUUUGAUGACUUUAAUAUAUCCAAAAAGUUUACACAGUCUGUGUUUCUUUUCUCUGUCCUGUCAGCUCUAAAUCUGUUUUCUGGUUUUGUGUGUUUUUCACUCUCUUUGUAUUUGUGGUGGGUUUGGCAUCAACAUAAGUUCUUUCAGCUCUUUUUUUUUCAGCUCUCUGUUUUUAUUUGUAGUUUCUGCUGUUGCAUGUGUCUUGAUUUAUUGAACUUGUUUUGGAAUUUGCAUUGUUGAGCGCUCGCUGACAAGCUGCUUGAAUGAAAGUGGGGUGCAGACAAAUGCAGAGGCGGAAAACACCAAAUGCAUCAUCGCUACAGAUCAUUUAAGUGUUUCAUAGUCAACACCAUUAAACAACAGUGUAUUAAAUGGGACUGCUUUACAUUUGAUUCCUUAAAGGCCACUUUAAUAUCUGUUGGCCCCUCUCUUGACAUCCAGGGAGUAGCCUCGCUGUGGACAUGUGGAGUCCUUCUCUCCGUGGUAUGUUUGGGCGCCUGGUUUCACUCACACAGUCGGCGGGACCAACAGAAUACUGCCUGUCAUUCUUCUACAAACUCUACGGCCCAAACACAGGUGAGCAGAGGAGUGCAUGGAGGAACAGCAGUUUGGAGAGGAAUUCUUUAUUUCCAGAGUGAAGCAGGAUGUCAUUUCAUAUUUUAAUCAUCUUGUCCAGGUGCUCUGAAUGUGAAGGUGCUGGAUAAAAACGGUUAUGAGGAGAUCCUCUGGACCCGCAGUGGUGCUCAUGGCAAUGUGUGGCAUGAAGCUCACUGUCCUGUACCGCACCAGCUCACAAACUUUCAGGUAAGGAUAACAGUCUGGCAUCACUUCUUAAUGGCUUAAAAACCAUUUUAACUUCUCUGAACAAAAGAAUUAUUAAAAGACAGGGAGAUAUUAUAAGAGAGGGUAAGAUUUGGCAUUUACAGGCAAUUUCCAGCAUCUCUAAAUGACAAUUUUGGUUCUGUACUCAAGCAGUCACAGAUAGAUAAAUCAAAAGAUGAUUAAAAAUUGAACAUUUUGAGUCAAUAUUCCUUCCUGUCUUACUUGUUUAUGUCUUUGAUCGACCACCAGCUGAUGUUCGAAGCAGUUCGUUCUGGGUUUGAUGGACGUGUGGCCAUUGACGACGUGGCGUUUGUGAGCGGCCCUUGUGCCAUCCCGAGGAUGUGUUCCUUUGAGGGUCAGCAGUGUGGGUACAGCAGCUCUGGAAAAAUUAAGUGGCUUCACCGCAGCGGACACACCACCACGGUGACGGGACCCAAAACAGAUCACACUUUAGAGACUGAAAACGGUUAGAAAGACUUCUAGCUAGUAGUAUUGAAGUUUUGAGACGCAUGAAAAUACCCAGAAACUCAGAGUUGAUGUGGUUUGGUGUUCAGGUUUCUACAUGAUGGCAAACACUGGAAAAGAGUUCCUGCCUUCUGGUGAUAAGACAGUCCUCACCUCUCCUGUUCGCCAAGGAAUCGCCAGGACUGAGUGCGUCCAUUUCUGGUAUCAAAUGGGAGGAGAGAAUUCUGGUGAGCUGCUUUCAGACACUCAAACACUCACAAAGAGAGAAAAAAAUCUCCUAAUCUUGACUGUCCGUACUUUGCAGGCUAUCUGACUUUAUAUAUGAAGCCGGUGGAGGGAGAGAGGGUGAAGAUCUUCUCUGACAGUCUGAAUCAGGGAAGUGUAUGGCGCCAUGGCAAUGGCAACAUCUCCAGCACUCUUGUGGACUGGCAGGUACAGAGUGCAGGCUUUAGAGGACUGCUCAAACAAUUUGAUCUCGAAAUGGUCUUGCAUUCAAAAUGAUCUACAACCCAGUUUCCAAAAAUAAAUUUGGGUGCUGAGUCAAAUGUAAAUGGAUUGUGAUGAUUUGCAAAAAAUGAAACCCCAUAACUAAAAACAGCACAGAAAACAUGUCAAAUGUUAAAACUAGAGUCGUACUCUGGCUGUAUGAGGGGCAGGAGCAAAGAUAACAAUUACCAAAAAGGCAUAUUAUCACAUUUGAUCAUUCAAGGGGGCAUUCAGGGGGCUCUUUUUUCACUUUACAUACUGAGAAAAGCACCAGAAGGGAACUUCUCAAAUGUAUUAUAUGCUGAAAGUACAUCCAGAGGCUUCUUUUUCCGUGUUUUUGUAGUGGCUGGUCUUAAAUCAAGCAAUUUUUGAGGUUUUGUACACUGAAAGUACAAGUAAAGGGCUCUAUUUUAUCUAUAUCCACUGAAAGGAGAUCCAGAGGGCAGUCCGUCAUUUUCCAUCCUUUAGAAGAGCAACUAUUUUAGCAGACUUUCAUGUGUUUUUCUUGAAAAGGCCACUAGAGGGGGCAUUUCGUAAUGUUUUAUUUAUGUCAGGACUCGGGGGCAUCUAUAAACCCUCAAAACAUGAAGGACUGAAUCUGAAAAAACAUGUGAAAAUGUGGAGUCCCAUGUUGGGUGUUUAAACCAAGUCUAUGAUGUGCUCUGUUGUGGUCUGCAGCUGGAGUUUGAGGUGGUGGGGGCUGGAGGCAAAAACACCUACAUUGCAGUUGAUGACAUCUUCAUCUCAGCUCACCCGUGUCAGGAUCGAGGUUCGUAUCAGCACAUCACAUACAAGCAGACUGCUACACAGAUGUGAAGGUGACACCAGUGCUGUUUUAGAUCGCAAAUUUUAGCAUACAAGAAACUUCUUUAGUGAACAAUAAAAAGUCUACUGAGCCCCUUUAAAAAGCUUCACUCACUCUGUUUUAAUUUCAGCUUAAAGAAAGUAUUUCUACUAUGUUUUCUACUUCGUUUUUAGAGUGAGCGUUUUGCAGAGUAGAAAGUAUCAUCCUUUGUGUGUUUAUCUCAGGCUCUAAAUGCAGUCUGGAGAAAGGGAUGUGUAGCUGGAGCAACACUCAGAGUGCCGCCAUGGACAGUCUUGACUGGGAGCUGACGAGUUCAGAGGCAGAGGAACACUACAUGGUCCCGCUUGAAGACCACACGCUGGGCACUGAGAAAGGUGAACACAGAAGGGGUGAAACAGGGACAGAACCACUGCUAUGGAUCUUAUGGAUAUGAAACUUAAAAGGCUGAAAACACAAUCUUUUGAAUGCAGAGAAUUUCCUCAUGUUUGUUUCCACUCAAUGGAAAAAUCUACCCGCCUGAAUGAUGUUUUAUUUUUUUUCUUACAUGCACACAUCAAUUACAGACUAUUACCAUAUAUUUACCAACCACAUGCCUGUCUGAGAAUUACCCACUAGUGUGUGGCUGGUGUUAAUUUCAGGCCCUGUUUGUUAAUAUUUAAGAUGUACUGACAUGUUUAAUACUGAAGCAAUUUUAAGAUGAGUGAAAGUGCAUUUUAAAAAUGAUGAAUGAGAUUAAGAUUAAAUUAUUGUUAUUCUAAUCAAAUAGGAAGAAUAAGGUGAUAGUAUAUAUAUUUUUUUACCUUUUACCAGGUCAAUUCCUGUUCCUUUCAAGCAGCACCAGGACACAAGACAAUCUAAAAGCUCAUUUGCUGAGCCCUCACCUCCCUCCAACCAAGGGGACUUGCCUCAGAGUCUGGGUCUACAAACCAUUCUCAUGUGAGUAAAACACAUGAGCUUUUGGGCCAGUCUAAUCUCUGGAUGGGCUGAGAGAACGCUUAAGCUGCUAUGACCGUGUUUCAAACUUAAAACCUGCACAAUGUAGUCUGGGCGUCUGUGAUUUUAGUUUGUCGUUUUGUGACAGUCUGCUGUUUUUAUCCUGCAGCGAACAGUAAGCUGAGGGUGUGGAGGCUGUCUGGGGGUAACCUCAAUCAACUGCUGGCAGUGGAUGAACUGGGAGAACCGUGGAGACGCUUCGAUGUCGACAUCACAUCCACUGAGGAAUACCAGGUCAGACUACUCUCUCUGGGAUAGAUAUUUCAUACACCAGAGCUUCAUUUUUGUUAACUAUAGUAAACACAACGUUCAAUCAAGUCAGUGAAUUUCAUCCCACUCCUGAACUGUCUCCCUGCCCACAAGGACUCAGCUUACAUUUGCAUCGUACAUACAUGUUAGAAGUGGUUUCUCUAUGUUUAUAGUAGUUUUGUUCAUCUAUAGUUUUAUUUUAAUCAAAAGGAACUAAAACAACCUUCUCAUUCAAGCGUCUUUAACAUCACUCAUCUGUUUUUGCGAACAGAUUGUGAUUGAAGGAAUCAAAGGCUCAUCAGGUGUUAUCGCUCUGGAUGACAUUGAGUACACCAUUGGGAUCGACUGCGCUAAAAAAGUCACAGAUCCACUGACAAGUAAGAUGUACUGCUAAAAGCAUGCUUAUGAAACAAAUUUUUAAUGCAUUUCUUGGAAAUAAUAAAAUCCAGACAGUUUGAUUAUUAGACACAGAUUUAAGUCGUCUAAAUGACAAUGUUUUUAGGUGAAAUUAUGUCACAGCAGCAGCCUAGCACAAGGUCUUACCCACUGGAAAUGUGCCAGAAAUGUCUCAAAAUCAAGACCACUCACAGACCAAGAGAGAUAUAGAUGUUAAAAUUUCAGAGUUUUGAAUUCAAGUGUGGAGGAAAAUGUGAACUAACCACCUGUAAAUCUGAUCCCAUGCUUUUCUGGCUAUACUUUACUGAAAAUUAAUAUGAAUUUAAAUUAAUAUAAAUAUGAAUUAGUGUUGUCAACAAAACUCAAUCAUCAGUCUCUUUUACUGUUUACCACAUGAUUUAUAUUUCAGUACUGAAACAAAAACAAUUUUUCUGCCAGUUAUUCUGUUAGUUUUCUUUAAAUGUGUUUUUAUGGGUCAGGUCUAAGUCUGAACUCAUAUCUAAGCUUUCCUCUAAUAUUGGUCUCCCCACUGAAAUGUCUUCUGUUGUGCUGUUCCCACAGCCUCUAGAGAAAAGCUGCUGAGCUGUGUUGAUCUCUUUGGCAUUUAAGACAGGAACAUUUCAAAACUCAAAUACAGAGACUAAAAAUGAUACUCAUCUCCCUUCAAGUUAAAACUAAAAUUUGAGAGUAUGCUCCUCUGGUACUUCAUAACUCAUGUAUGGAAGGUUAUUUGCCUACAUGAUGACGCUCUGACACUUAGUAUCUUGUGUUGAUGAGCAAAUGUUUUAAGAUGAUAAAGUACAACCACUUUUGAGAAUAUUGACAUAAAAUACAUAUUAAAAAAAAAGAAAAUACAAAAAGACUCAAAACUGAAUCAUUUUUCUCGCUCAGUAAAAAUGGAAAACCAACAUUGUGAUCUGCUGUUGAUGUUUUCUGUCCUUCUUGCAGCCCCAUCAAAGGGAGACAACGCAGGAGGGAUUGCAGCAUCUGUCAUUGUGGUCCUGCUGUUGAUCGCCACAUUGAUCGCACUGCUGAUUUAUUACCUGAGAACUAAACAGAGUACCAAGGCUGAGGGCGCAUCACGGGCGUCACCCCGCUCAGCUGGUUUCAGUAAUGAGUCCUAUGAAGCAGACGUCACGGUGAGUAAAUGCAACAAUCACACCUCUUUGAGCACAAAAAGACAGGAAGAGUAAAGAGUGCAGCUUAUCAAAAGACACAAUAUUGAAAUCAGGGUGAAAAAUCUUGAAUUUCUGUCAUUAUUUAAGUUUCAUUUCAAUCGUACCAUUAACACAAGAAAUCUCUCUGUACACCUCAGCGGGAUCACGUGACAGUGCCACCAGCACAAAACCAUCCAAUGGCUGCAGGUUUCAACGACGUCACUGUGAGUACGCUUCUAAUGAGUGUUUUGAUUUCAUUUUCUAAGGCAGUACUUUCAUUAAUAAUCACACUAACUCUGGAAGUACUGCCAAAUAAAAGCUGCUUAUAACUCUGCUAUAAUGUUGACCACUAGAGGGCAGGGCCACAUCUCAAAAUAAGGUCACCACAGACAUAAAGCAUGCUGAUAAGUUGAUUCCCAUCGGUUUUUACAUGUCAAAUCACAUUAUUGUUAUGAUUUUAUUCAAUUUUCAAUCAUUCAGUGACCCUAAUACUGUAAGGGUGAGACUGAAGGGUUGAUUUCUGGUGGGAUUUGCAAAGAAACCUAUCAAUAUUUAUAUUUAAGUAUCUAAAUAUUCUACUUUUGAUAAAUAAGAUUGCUAAAAUAUAAAUAUAAAUAAUCAUUUUUACUUUUUAACCUCUUAAAUAUGUUUAUAUGAGGCCCUCAAGAAGGCUGCCACACAAAAUACCCUAUUUUCUGGUAUCAGACCAUAGUUAUUAUACUGAGCGCCAGGUUGACUCUUCUUCGUCUGUUUCUGCAGGUCUCUGACGAUACCUAUGAGAACUUCAGAGAGAUGGAGGUGGCGUGA